GUUUAUUUGAAGGUAUCGCCCACAAUUCCAAUGGCUUCAGAGCCGCUAGCUCGGAAAACAGCAUGGAGGGAGAUUAUGCGUUGUAGGAGAUACAAAAAAUAUCGUUAAAGGCGCACAAAUGUACAACAUACUGGAAAAUUCCCUAGCUUGAGCAGGAUGAUGCGCAGGUCUAGGAUCAGCGUGCGGCCCAAUGUGAGGCCUGGGGCGAGAGCUCUGCCCUCACAGGAUGGACAGUCCUCCCGGGCUGCUGCUGACAGUACCCAGGCGACCGAGAGCGAGGGAAUGCCAUCGGUAACCGCGGAAACCACACAAGCAGGAGACAAGCCUGCGGAGCCUGUUCUGAGCUUAGAGAACAUCUCCCCUGACAUGAAGGAGACAGGACAGAGUUUUCAAAACUGUGGUGGCAGUGACAGCACAAUUUCUGUGCUGCAGAGGAGAAAGCGCUUCUCUGCCACGCCUAACCUGGCCAGGCCCAGAGUUAACACGGCUUCCUCACGCACUACCACGAGGGUUCCCAAGUCCCCGCCCCCGAAGGUGUCUACCCUGCCUCCUGCUCAGACCGAUGCCCUAACCCCCAAGGACAACAGCACUGCCCACAGUCUCAGAUCUCCAAGAUGGCGGAGAGCAUCGGGAGGUGGCAGGCAAUCCAAAAUGCAAGGCAAACUGGCACCCCUGUCCUCCUCAGUCCCAUCCUGUAGCAAACAGGCACCCUCGUCAUCAAUUGCCCCAGCCCCUGGGCCUGUCCCUCAGGGAAGGAAAGAGAAAGAAGCAUCUGUACCACUCCAUUGCUCUAAAUCAGACCUGGAGAAGUCAUCCCAAGAGGAAAACCCCCUCCCAGACCCGUCCCCAGUCUCUGUGAUGCAGUCGCAGAGUGCUAAACUGGAAAUGAAGUCUCCAUUUUCAUUGCCCCUGGCAGCCCAGAGCAUUCCGUCUGAUCGAGAGAGGAUUGCAAAGCUGAGGGAACUUAUUAAACAAGAGCAGAGGAAACAAAGGAAACGCAAGAAGGGCAAAUCGCACACCUGCGAGCGCAGCACACCACAGGACCACAACAAGAUGACAAUGAGGGACCUCAUCUACUACCUGCCAGAGUCCAACCCCAUGAGGCCUUACCCUGAUGAGGAUAAUAGGCCAGCAGAGAGUGUGAUCCCAUCUUCACCAAGCAAUGAAUUACCUGAGCAGCCACAGGAUGUAGAGGUGGAAGAAGAGCAGCAGGAGGAUCCAGAAGACCAUGGUGGUGAUGAGCCUGCAGAGGGGGACCAGCUGAUAGGGCCCAGGGUGAAAGUGGCAGAGGAUGGUACCCUGAUCCUGGAUGAGGAAAGCUUAACCAUAGAAGUGGUGAGAAUUAAAGGCCCAAAUUUGGCAGAGGAAAAUGACCCCAUUUUUGAGCGUGGCUCUUCAACAACCUACUCCAGCUUCAGGAAAACUGUCUACACUAAGCCUUGGACCAGUAAAGAGACUGAAAUGUUCUUCCUGGCCAUCAGCAUGGUGGGGACGGACUUCUCCCUGAUCGGCGAGCUCUUCCCUCAUCGCGCACGGACAGAAAUCAAGAACAAAUUCAAGAAAGAAGAAAGGGAAAACUCUUGGAGGAUUGACAAGGCAUUCAAAGAGAAGCGUAGCUUUGACCUGGAGUGCUUCAGCAAACUCCUGGAGAGGAUCUUAGCUGAGGAAGAGCGGAAGAGAAAAAAAUCCAAAACCAGGGGCUCUGUAGGACAGAAGAAACGAAAAAGAAUAGCAAAAGGAAAGAAAGCAGCUGCUCGGAGAGCCCCUAGAGCCCAGUCUGCCGAAGAGGAGCUGGACAGUGAUGUGGUGGAGGGUGACUCUGAGAUUGCAGAGAAGGAGAACGAAGACUGCUCCAAUGUCGCGGAGGCAGGGGCCCACACCACGGCCGCCAGAAACAGCCGUAAGAGGAGGAAGAGCAGGGAGGGAGAGGAGUCUGCUGAUGGAAGGAGCGUGAAAAACAGCAGACCAGAAGAUGAGGGUGCUCUCAGUGACGAUUGUGAAGGUCCUGUGUGUGACGUCCAGGAAGCUGCUCCAGAUGUGGACAGGGGCCGCUUUCGAAGACCCACCCCUAACCUUGGAGCAAGAUGGGCUAAGAAGGCCCCGCAACCAGGGGCAAAGAGCAGAGAUGAAGACGUGGAGAACAGCAGCUCCAAGGCUGGGCCUGGCAAGAGAGGCAAACCCAGACCCAACCUGACUGCGGCACAGCGGAAUGGGCGGGCGGGGAAGCCAAAACUGGUCACCCUGCGGGCGUCUGUGCCAGAAUACAACGAAGAAGAAGAGCAGGACGAGGCCCAUCCCGAGGAGGACUUCCGCUACCCCAUAAACCCAGAGGAGCAGAACCAGGCACCCGCAUUCGUGCCCCUCAGCCUGCGCUCCCCACAACCUGUGCCAAUGGAAGUUGUGGAGACCGUGGAGGAGCUUGAGAUUUCCAUGAAUGUGUCCGAUGUGGUUGGCACUGCUGAGUCUGAGCAUGCCCUCUGUGCUCAGCCAGUGUGCCCGGGGGCACAGGAUGAGGUUGUGCUGUCCACUGAGCAUCAGCUGGACUUACUGGUUGAUGUGAUUGAAUUCUUGUCCCCAGACCAUGUUGCAGGGUCUGAAGAGAGCUAUAAUGACGCAGCCAGAACUCUGCUGACAAUAAGAAACCCUGAACUUCUCUCUUUAGCUACACCUGAAUAUAGAGAGGUCGUCAUCACUGAGGAAUUUCUACGUGCCCAACCGGAAGAGUCGGAACCUGGGGAGAGCCUUACGUCAGCUGACCAGUUGCAGUGCAGCACAGAGCGACCACAAACGGUGUCCUCUGACCUCCCAGUCGCUGAAACUCCACAGUCUGAUGCACAGUCAGCACAGGAUAUGGAUUCCAUUUCUUUGAUAACUGUGGAAGAGUUUGAGUCCAAGUUUGUGAGACCAGAACCUGUCUCAAAGACACAGAGCUGUGAGACCACCAGUCUGGAAAACACUGGUGUACCAGAGGAGUCUCCCAGUCAGGAGAGAGCUGCACCUGCCUGCACUGGAGUUACUCUUGAAGGAGCCUUGGGUCCAAAACCCUCAGUCCAGAAUGUUCCACCAGGCAGGAGAAGCCGUUUCCCAAAACCAAAACCCAACCUGGCCCGCACGGCCCGGCCCCCACGUGUAACUCCUGCCCAGUGCACUGAAAACUGUGCUGCUACUGCCCCUGUGGAGCCUGUGUCUCUGAAAACUGUUGAAGUGGAGAAGGGAGCAGUGGACAUUUCCCCAAAGGAACAGGUCCAGGAAAGUCAGGAGAGCAAGGGCCCAGGCGAGGAAAUGCUGAGCCAGGAUGAGGCCCCGUGUGUGGGAGAUUCUCAGGUUGAGGGGUUGGGGUCAGACCUGUCUAACCAGAGUGCGCCACCUGCUGGCACAGCAAGGCAUUUGCCCAAACCCAGCCCCGUCCUGGACACAGCUGUGCAGACCCCUUGCGUUACCGUGCCCCUCAGCACCCCUCUAGACCCCAGUACAGGCCAGCAGCCUGCGUUCAUACUGGCCUUAUAUGAGGUGUCCCCGCCGCUGCUGGAGGAGCCUGACUCUGGUGUUGAUCCGCCGGGCGCCAUUACUGCCGAGCUCCUCUCUCCAGUGGAGCUUGUAGACGAGCAGCGUGCACCAGCAGCCACACAGACUGAGUCACAAAGCUGUGACGCACUGAAUGUGGUGGCAUCAGUAAAGAUGGGUGCAGAAGGUGGCCCAGAGCCUCACCCCCCGGCUCCUGCUUCAGAGGAGCAGGAAGAGCAGCCGGAUCUCAGCUCCAUUAGGAAAAGGACCGAAUCCUCCACAGGUCUCACAGGCAAAAGCAUGGCCAGUCCAGUUGAUUCAUGUGAAUCAGGCCAUCUGCAGGUAAAGCCUCGUGGUUCCACUCAGAAUCCUGAAGACCCCACUGAAGGUGACCGGACUGUGUUUAGAACGGAACAUCUGCCCACUCCGGAGCAGACACCACCACAGGCCAGGUCGACACAUUAC